AUGAGUACUAUUAAUCUUGUUGCAUCCCUAGCAUUUCUCCUCCUCAUCCUCCUCCUCCUCUCCACCACCACCGCCCGCCCAACGAAAACAAACCCGACCACCCUCCGCCCGAGCACGAGGAUUCCAUUGAUUGACUUGGACAGUUCGUCCAACUCUAGCUCGGAAGCUCGGUUGAGAAGAGACGCCGCCCGCAUGGCCGCCUUGGUCAACCAACUCUCCAAGGAAGAGUUUUCGUCUAUCAGGGGCGCGGUAGCCGUGAACAUCAGCGUUGGCACCCCGGCCAUGGUACAAACCCUGGUGGCGGACACAGGUAGUGAUCUCCUAUGGCUGCAGUGCAAGUCGUGCGACGAAUGCAUGGAUCAGCCCAACCUGCCGUUCGACCCAGCCGCGUCCAGCUCGUACCACACAGUCCCCUGCGCGACCUCCAGCUCGGAUAACCCCAAUGCCUGCGACCAACUCAGUGUUUCCAUGCGCGGGUGCGACACCACCAACGACGUCUGCACGUACUUUUACUUCUACGGGGACAGUUCCUACUCGAAAGGAACCCUAGCCCUCGAGAACGUCAAGAUCAACAGCGACAUGGUGGUCCAAAAUGUGUCCGUCGGCUGUGGCCUAUCCAACAGUCUCACCGCGGCGGCAGAAGUCGACGGGGUCCUCGGCCUGGGCGACGCGGUGGGCUCGCUCGUGGGCCAGUCGGGCCGCGUGUUUAGCUGCUGCCUUGGUGGAACAAGUGGUGGGUGGAUCGAUUUCGAUAGGUCCGCGGACACGUUCCAGAUAAGGGACGACGGCGACGGAGGGGCGAUACUCGACACGGGGACGACAAUCACGAUGCUCCCGGAGGGCGCCUACGUGGCGCUACGGGAUCUGUUCCGGAGGAAUAUGGGGAAUGCGACGCCGUCGUCGUACAACUACCUCGACACGUGCUAUCAGCAGAACGAGUUGGGGACGAUACCGACUGUCUCGUUGUACAUAUCGGACCAAUCGGACACGAGCAUUACGAGUGAGAAUCCGAUGUUCAUGGUGCAGGUCGAUGAUAUGGGUGGAGUUCUGGGAUGCCUUGCUUUCACCGUGUCACCGUUGAACCUUACGAUAAUCGGCAACAUUCAACAACAAGGGACUCAGAUCACUAUCGACGCGUCGAGCAACAAUAUCGGAAUCGGGCCUGACUGCUGA